UUGAGAGACCUCCUUGCCCAGUGCCAACCGCCCCUUCGUCUCUGCCUCAUCCAUCUCCGCGACCACCGCCGCCGCCGGCGGCACACAUCCUGAGAAGGCAGCACAGCACAGCACGGGCGGCUAUCGAAGCCCACGCCCCCGCUCUCUUCCCCGCCUCCGACCCAUCCCCUAUCCCAGCAGGCAGCACAGGCAAGAAUCCCCUCCCCUCAAAUCCCCAGCCGAUCUCGCCCCAACCCCAACACCACCGCCGAGAAAAUCCUAGAGACAGUGCAGCCCAUGGUCAUCGCCGGCGGCAGGUUCGAGAAGAGCCCCACCGCCGAGAAAACCCCAGAGUCAGCGCCAUCCGCGGUCAGCGCCGGCGGCGGGUCCGGGGAGGUCCCCACCGCCCAGUACAACAUCUACCAGCCGCCAGCCUCUCUCCAGGGCUGGCCGGACGACCACGACACCGAGGCCGCCCUCCGCCACCUCGGCCUCCUCGAUUUCGCGCGGCUCCAGCUCCCGGAUGGCAUCCCCCGGCACGACCUCGUCUCCGAUCUCGUCGCCUCCUACCACCGGGAGAACUGCCGCGGCUACGCCUACGUCUGGGGCGUCCGCGUCAGUGUCGACCGCAAGUCCUUCCUCAGCGCGGCAGCCCUCCAAGCCACGGCGGAGCACAAGGUGCUCCCUCCACGGCGCAGGACGAGGAGCACAAGGAGCUCGUCCACGGUUACCUGCGCCGCCUUGCAGUUCAUGGAAAUGUGGAUCCUCCCGCAGUUCCAGGGCAGGGACAUGUUACCGUCGAAUGUGUCGGCUGCGAUGCGGGAGGUGAAGGCGGAGUUAGCGCAUAGCGUCGACUGGGUUGAGCUGAUCUGGGACCUGGUAAAGAAUGAGAUUCUCGAAUUGCCAAAGAGGGAUGAUAAAAAUUCGUACUUUGGGUUGCAUCUCCUGAGACUCAUUUGGGUAAAGCACCCAGAGGUGUUCGGGUUGAAGGACAGGAUGGAAACAAUCGCUCGGGUGCAUCUUGAGAGAAUCUUACCGCAGGUAGUCAGCAAAGUGACGGAAAGAAUCCGGUCGGAGUAUAAGAGACCCAAGAAGAUCACGAGAUCCUUCCGGGUGCAGCAGCCGCAGGUGGUCAACAACCUGUCCAAACCAGUUCUGUCUGGGGAUGAAGCUACAGCAGUUGUUCAAGUUCAACAGCAAUCCAUGGUGGGGGACGAAUCUGCAGCAGCUGUUCAAGUUCAACAACAAUCCAUGGUGGGGGAUGAAGCUACAGCAGUUGUUCAAGUUCAACAGCAAUCCAUGGUGGGGGACGAAUCUGCAGCAGCUGUUCAAGUUCAACAACAAUCCAUGGUGGGGGAUGAAGCUGCAGCAGCUGUUCAAAUUCAACAGCAAUCCAUGGUGGGGGAUGAAGCUGCAGCAGUUGAUCAAGUUCAACAUCAAUCCAUGGUGGUACAGACGCUGGACAUAGUGCUAAAUAAUUAUGCGAGCGUGAGCAAGAGGGACAGCUUGGAAGCUGCCCUUGUGGAGCCUGGGCAGGCUGAUGCACACAAGCAUGGAGUGAAGCAGCAGUUUCAGCAGGGCAAUCGAGAGAAGUGGACCCGUAAGAGGAGCAAGCGUAGGGUACCCAGUGGAUCAACAAUCUCUUCCGCAAAUAGUUCUUGUGACAUUAUAGGAAUAAAGAGUGAGGUUAAACAUGCGCGAUUGGAGAACCAACCUACAAAGGAGUUGCUUGAAGCAGAGAUGUUUAUCCAGGCAAUAGAGGUGCUGAAUGAGACACUAUCUGCAGAGACCAUUGUACAUACCUUGCAGGACUCUCCGCCGUCUGGCUCCCUGCUGAUGCAGGGUGGUGCUGUAGUGGAGGUCACUAAAUAAGAGAAUGGUUCUCAUGCUCGAAUGUGAUCCUGGUGGGAUCAGUAACAGGAUGUAGAUUUGUUCUUGCCUGGUGAGCGUUGGCUUUUGGAGCUCGACAUUUGGUGGUCUGUAGCGAGAAGGAUUAUCUGGCUGUGCUAGCUCUUGGUUGGCUAGUGUCAUAAAACUUGGAUCACUGGUUCAUCUUUUGGAUAUUUUGCCCUAAAACCUGGAGUCAGAGUACUUCAUACUCCCUCUGUCCCAAAAUAAGUGUCUCAAGUUUGUACUAACUUUAGUACAAAAUUGUACUAGAGUUAGACACUUAUUUUGGGACUGAGGGAUUAUGAAACAAAAUUGAUAAAUCAUAUAUGUGUUGGAUGUUUGUACUUCUUUGGGAGCAGUCAGCAUGUGGAUGCUCGGGAUAUCCAGGUCUGAUCCUUAUCUUGGUUUCUCUUACUUAUUAGUUCCUCCAGUAGGGCAUGUCAUUUCCGAUGAUGCUUAUGUCUUGAACACCCUGUGAUUAUCCUGAACUAUGAAGUAUGUAUGCUAUUUUAGUUUUUCUACUUAUCGUCCCUGCUGUCCAAAUGUACUUUCGUGUUGCAUCAUGAAGAAUCAAGAAUGACAAUGUUUAUGUUGCGAGAUUCAA